AUGAACCCUGGAAAAUUACCAAUGCGCCCCCAAUCGCGCCCAGUAUGUCAAUUGUGCGACUACAUACUGCGGCAGCCUAGAAGUCGCCGCGCGUUCCGCUUCACAUCAGCCGUCAAGGCCCCCGCGACACGGCGGCAAACUGCGCCAUCAUCCUCUCUAGUUAACCGCGCACACGAACGAAGUAUUACGACGACUGCUCGUAAUGCGGCACCAACAGCUGAAAGAGGCGAUGACGAAAGCUUCCAGACGUCGGAGCGCAUCGCAACGCUGAGAACAAAUUUGGCCGCGGUGGAGGCUCGAAUAAAAGAAAUCUACGAUUCCCCCAAAGUGGAGCCAGAGGCAAAGGUCUUGGAGGCACUCGAAGCUUUAACAGAGAUUGCGCAAAAUGCGAUAGCGAUACGGUCUCGACAGCCCUUGCGAACAAAAGGGCCCAUAAGACAGAGUUCAGCGGGAGCAAUACUCUCCGGACUGGGCAGUGAUGACGUUGAAAAGACUGAAAAGAAAAGAAAAUCAAAGCAGCUAGGCCUCGAUGCACUCCCAUCGCCAUCCUACCUCUCCAAGCUUGCCGAAGACCUAAUCAAGCACGAGAAAGUUUUCCUCUCUCCCAACAUCCUCGCCCAAUAUAUCCACCUCCAGCGCCUCCUCGCCCGCCCAAAAACCAUCCCAGAAGCACUCUACCUCUACGCCAACAAGCCUGUCCCAGUCGAAGGCUCCUCACCCCCCAAAUUCUCCCAACCCUCUCCCAAAGCUGCAAAGCAAGCCAUUCCCGCCGAUCUCGCCGACGAGGCGCUCACGGCUGCAAUCGACGCAAAGGACCUUGCCCUAGCCUUGGAUGUCGUCGACCACACCUACCGCGCCCCAGCCUGGCGGCGCCACCGCAUGGUUACCAAAUUGGGUCUUCCGGGAAUUUUAGCGGGUAUCACACCCCUCGCUCUCUACAUGAUUGCACAGGAACUUUCUGUAUACAGCGGUUUCAUCGACCCGUGGACUUUCAAACUCUACGCUUUCGCUGGUCUGAGUACUUACGUUAUGUGUACUGGUACUCUUGGCUUUGUCGCCUUGACUACAUAUAACGACCAUCACGACCGCGUUGUCUGGCGUCCUGGUGUCCCCCUUCUGGAUCGUUAUCUGAGAGAGGAUGAGCGUGCGGCGUUGGAUCGCAUUGCGUGUGCGUGGGGGUUCAAGGAGGAGUGGAGACGAGGUGAUGAGGAAGGCGAGGAAUGGGAGGGUUUGAGACAGUGGAUUCUGCUUAGAGGUAUGGUGCUCGAUAAGCCGGAUCUUAUGCCUGGCCAGUUUCCCGUGUCCACAUCAAUCAUGUCUGCCGACGCUGCGCCCAUCUCCUUCACACGGUUCUCAAAAGCGCUUGAAGAUCUUUCUGUUGAGUCGCUCUACGCAAAAUACUCAGAACUCACAAAUCAACUCGUGCAUCUCGAAUCAAGCAACCGGCAGCUUGAGGAGUUUGCGCGCGAACAUGACGACAAGGACUGCUACGAGGCGCUUCUGGAAAACAAGCAAGUUAUGAAGAGGUUUGAAGAGAGGAAAGAGGCGAUCAAGCACGAGGUACAGGACGUGCGAGGUCUGCCUUGGAGGCCAAAGGAAGACGAGGGAAAGACUAAUGGAAGCGCGCCUGCUGCGGCGAACGGCGCGGCGAGGGAAGAGGGCACCAACGGCACCACAGUGCAAGAUGAGGGUGAUGAUGGCGUCUACCUAUAA